AUGUUAGGAAUGUUAGGAAUGUUAGGAAUGUUAGGAAUGUUAGGAAUGUUAGGAAUGUUAGGAAUGUUAGGAAUGUUAGGAAUGUUAGAAAUGUUAGGAAUGUUAGAAAUGUUAGAAAUGUUAGAAAUGUUAGAAAUGUUAGAAAUGUUAGAAAUGUUAGAAAUGUUAGAAAUGUUAGAAAUGUUAGAAAUGUUAGAAAUGUUAGAAAUGUUAGAAAUGUUAGAAAUGUUAGAAAUGUUAGAAAUGUUAGAAAUGUUAGAAAUGUUAGAAAUGUUAGAAAUGUUAGAAAUGUUAGAAAUGUUAGAAAUGUUAGAAAUGUUAGAAAUGUUAGAAAUGUUAGAAAUGUUAGAAAUGUUAGAAAUGUUAGAAAUGUUAGAAAUGUUAGAAAUGUUAGAAAUGUUAGAAAUGUUAGAAAUGUUAGAAAUGUUAGAAAUGUUAGAAAUGUUAGAAAUGUUAGAAAUGUUAGAAAUGUUAGAAAUGUUAGAAAUGUUAGAAAUGUUAGAAAUGUUAGAAAUGUUAGAAAUGUUAGAAAUGUUAGAAAUGUUAGAAAUGUUAGAAAUGUUAGAAAUGUUAGAAAUGUUAGAAAUGUUAGAAAUGUUAGAAAUGUUAGAAAUGUUAGAAAUGUUAGAAAUGUUAGAAAUGUUAGAAAUGUUAGAAAUGUUAGAAAUGUUAGAAAUGUUAGAAAUGUUAGAAAUGUUAGAAAUGUUAGAAAUGUUAGAAAUGUUAGAAAUGUUAGAAAUGUUAGAAAUGUUAGAAAUGUUAGAAAUGUUAGAAAUGUUAGAAAUGUUAGAAAUGUUAGAAAUGUUAGGAAUGUUAGAAAUGUUAGAAAUGUUAGAAAUGUUAGAAAUGUUAGAAAUUGUAUUGACAGAGUAUGACAGAUAUAAUUCUAAAUUCUAA